UUGAGCUAUUUUUUGAGGAUUAUUUAAUAUAUUGUUUGGUUAAAACAUUAUUUUUUAUUUUAUUAAUAAUUUUGGCGAUGGGUGCCCUUUUUUUUGGCUUGAGCACCUGCCCCCAAAAAUGUCUGUGCACGUGCCUGGCUGCGGUAGAAGUUCACCAGGAGUUUCUGAGGAAGCUGAGCCUGUUUUAGCAUUGUAUUCCGUGCUUGGGUUUUACCUGAUAAAGCUGGACGCCUUGUUUAGAAUAUUUGGCAAUCUGAAUGGGUUUUGUCACGUUUGGUUCACCAUAACAAGCUUCUGACCCAUUUGGCUUUCCACACUGAAUUGAGACGAAGGGCCGUGAACUAGCUGCGUCAGCCAUGUUGUUUCAGUGACGGCGCUGUUGCAACAGGUUGGCAGCGUUUAUAGUCAGGGGUAAACCAGUAAAGAGGACCAUUUCCAGUUUAUUUAACUGGUUUUUACUUUGUGAGGGCGGCGAGAGCGGAUAUUUACGCCUAUAUGGGAUUAUACACGGUCGAACAUGGCGUUGGCGUUUGCUGAGGAAUUGUCCGAGUGCAGAUGCUUGAGCUAGCCAGCUGAGACCAGGUCCGCGGGUCCCCACAACCCCCCCAAACACCUGCAACCAUGAAUGGCGGCUACAGUAUUUGGGCUAUAACGCCGGAAGAAAGGACUAAGCAUGAUCAGAAGUUUGACACCCUCUCCCCAGUACAGGGUUUUGUAUCCGGGGAGCAGGCACGAAACUUCUUCCUGCAGUCAGGUCUUCCUUCCUCGGUACUGGCUGAGAUCUGGGCUCUGGCAGACCUGAACAAGGAUGGCAAAAUGGACCGUCUGGAGUUCUCCAUAGCCAUGAAACUGAUUAAGCUGAAGCUGCAGGGGCAGAAUCUUCCCUCGGCUCUGCCCAUCAUCAUGAAGCAGCCUCCAGUGCCCGCACCCACGAUGCCUCUAGCACCACUAGGAAUGGGACCCAUGCCAAACAUCACCAUGAUGCCUGCCAUGCCGGUUCUUACUCCCAUGAUGGCCACGGGAUUAACGAUGCCAAUGAUGCCCACCAUCAGCACUCCUGCUCUGGCCAACGGACCUGUGGGCAUCCUGCAUGCCACGCCUGUUUCUCUUACCAACGCACUCCCACUGAGCAGUUCCUUUACUUCCUCUCCACUGGGGUUUUCUUCCACUCCCAACAUGUCUCCAGCUCUCCUGGAUCUGGGGUUAAGCAGCUCCAACUCCUCUUCCGCAACGUCCAUAGCCAGCAGCUCUCCGAAGACCGGGCCCUCGGACUGGGCUGUGCCUCAGGCGUCCCGUCUGAAAUACAGGCAGCAGUUCAACAGCCUGGAUAAGCAGAUGUUCGGAUAUCUGUCUGGCCUUCAAGUGAGAAAUGCCAUGGCUUCAACGUCACUUUCUCAAACCCAGCUAGCCACUAUCUGGAACCUCGCAGACGUAGAUAAGGACGGUAAACUGAAAGCGGACGAGUUCAUUCUGGCCAUGCACUUGGUCGAUAUGGCCAAGCAAGGACAGCAUUUGCCUCUUGCGCUUCCUCCUGAACUUGUACCCCCUUCACUGAGGGGGAAGACUGGAGACUCGUUGAAUGGAUCCAUGGGUUCAGCAGGCCUAACCGAGGACUUCACCGACCCUGAUCCUCCACAGAAAUCCAAGAACCUGACCUUCGAGGACAAGUACAGGAAGAACCUCGAGAUGGGGAACGCAGAGCUGGAGAAGCGGCGGCAGGCCCUGCAGGAGCAGCAGCGUCGCGAAGAGGAAAGGAGACGGCAGAAAGUCCGCGAAGAGCAGGAGAGGAGAGAGAGGGAGGCGCGAGAGCUGGAACUCAGACGGAAGAGAGAGGAGGAGGAGAAACUGGAGCGGCAGAGGGAGCUGGAGAGGCAGCGGGAGGAGGAACGGCUCAAAGAGCUGGAGAGGAAAGAGGCGGCCAAGAAGGAGCUGGAGCGCCAGCGGCAGUUGGAGUGGGAGAGGAAGAGGAAGCAGGACCUCCAGAACCAGAAGAGCAACGAGCAAGAGGACGUGAUCCGUCUCAAGGCUAAGAAGAGGAGCCUGGAGAUGGAGCUCGAAGCUGUGGGCAACAAGCACAAGCAAAUCUCAGAGAAGCUCCGAGACGCACAGUCCAAAAAGAAAGUCCAGAAAAGUGAACUGGACGCCAUCAACCACAGAAGAGACGGCCACAUCUCAGAGAUCAACUUCCUGCAGCAGCAGUUUGAGGAGUUUCAGAGGAAAUUGGCCCAGCUGGUUCCAGAACAGCAGAAGUUGAAUGACAUUCUACGCAGCAUGAGUCAAAGCGUUCCAGCUUCCACCCUGACCACUUUACAGCAGAGCGUCACAGACCGAGACGUCAGCUGUAGAAAGCUGAAAGAACAACUCGAUUCCGUGGAGAAGGAGACCGCAGCCAAGCUGGCCGACAUGGAUCAGUUUAAAAAGGACAUACAGGACCUCAGAGAGAGCCAGAGGAACCAGCAGGCGGCUCUGGACAAGCUGCGUGGCAUCAAAGAGGACAAAAUCCGAGAGCUCAGGAAACUGAAGCAGGAGGAACUGGAGAGAAAGAGGAAAGAGGAGGAAGAACAAAGGCGCAUCAAGCAGGAGAAGGACCGUCAGUGGCAGGAGAAGCUGAAGCGUGACGAGGAGGAGAAACAGAGGAAGCUCCAGGAGGAGCGGGAGGCCAAGCUUCGCGAGGAGGAAGACCGAGAGAGGCAGGCCCGCCUCCAGGCGGCCAAAGAGCAGGAGGAACGGGAGCGCAGGGCGCGGGAGGAAGAGCAGCGUAGGCGGCGUGAAGAGGAGGAGCGGAGAAAAAGGGAAGAGUACGAAAAGAGAGAUCAGGAGAGGAGGAGGCGGGAAGAGGAGGACCGCAAGAGGCGGGAGGAGGAGAUGCGGACCUUAGAUGAGGAGAGGCGGAAGCUGGAAGAAGAGAGGAAGAAGCUGGAGGAAGAGAGGCGCAGGCAGGAGGACGAACGGCGCAUAGAGGAGAGGAGGAGGCAGGAGGAAGAAAAGAUGCGCGAGGAGAGAAGGAGGGCGGAGGAAGAGCGCCGGGAGGAGGAGAGGAGGAAGGAAAGGGAGGAGGAGGAGAGGAGGAGACAGCGCGCCCAGGAGGCCGCCGUCCGGGACGCAGAAGAGAGGAAGAGAAAAGAGGAGGACAGGAAGAGAAAAGAGGAGGAGAGGAGGCGGCAGGAGGAGGAGGACAGAAAGAGGCGAGACGAGGAAAGAAGGAAACAGGAGGAAGAACAAAGGAGGAAACUGCAGGAGGAGGCGACGGCUGCCGCCGCUGCGAGGGGGAAAGAAGCCCAGCAGCAGAAUAAUAAGGCGGCUAUCGUUUCUGCCCUUCUCCGCGGAUUAGAGGAGAGAAAAGGUAGCAAACAGCCUAUGAGCACGUCACACCGGAAAUCUGCAGCCGUGACCAGAUUCAAAGCGCUUUACCCCUUCACGGCCAGGAACAACGAAGAGCUGUCGUUCGAGGCGGGGGAUAUAAUUGAGGUGUAUGAGUCAGGUGAACGUGAGGAGGGCUGGCUGUAUGGAAGCCUAGAUGGAAAACUGGGCUGGUUUCCUGAGACCUACAUAGAGAAGCAGUCAAAGCCUGAGACCCCCAGCACCAAAUCGGCUCUUAAACCUCAGCUCUUGCGCUCCAUCUCUAGGAAGCUGAAUGAAAGUUCAGCUCCCAGUGAAUCAGGCCAGAACUCUGCCUUCACUCCCACUCAAGCCAUUAGUCUUACCUCCUCCGAACACAACCAGGUGGUGGAAAACCUGCAGGUUAAAGCUUUGUGUUCUUGGACGGCGAAAACCGACAGCCACCUGAACUUCUCCAAAGACGACGUGAUCACGGUUCUGGAGCAGCAGGAGAACUGGUGGCUUGGAGAGCUGAACGGGACGCAGGGCUGGUUCCCCAAGACUUACGUCGCGGUGCUGAACAGCAACGAUUCAGCUGCAGAUUCCACUGAUGGGUUCGAUGCGGCAGCAGCAGAUGGCUCCUCCCUGGAUGAGUACGUCGCUCUCUAUACCUACGAGAGCCCUGAACCCGGAGAUUUGACCUUCACUGCAGGAGAUACGGUCCUGGUGUCACAGAGAGAGGGGGAGUGGUGGAGGGGCAGCAUAGGAGACCGUUCUGGACUCUUCCCAUCAAACUACGUUAAACCCAAGGAAGCUGAUAAUUUAAGCCUCAAACCGGGGGUGCUGGGUAAAAAGCCAGAAAUCGCUCAAGUGACUAGUCCAUAUACUGCCUCGGGCACAGGGCAGCUCAGUCUGGCUCCCGGUCAGCUCAUCGUCAUCCUCAGUAAGAACGCCAAUGGCUGGUGGCUGGGAGAACUGCAGGCACGUGGUAAGAAGCGCCAAAGAGGCUGGUUCCCAGUAUCCAACAUAAAGCAGCUGGGUUCAAACAGUGGCAAGUCCACCCCUGCAGCCAUGCCGGGUAAAGCAGACUCUCACUUGUACUCCUCGGUUUCAGCUCUGUGUUUUUGUCUUGACUUACGCCACCCUGUCUGUCCGUCUCUCUCUCUCUCAGUCGGUCAGGUCAUCGCCAUGUACGACUACACGGCGGCGAACAAGGACGAGCUCAGCUUCUCCAAGAGUCAGAUCAUCAACGUGCUGGAUAAGAGCAACCCCGACUGGUGGAAGGGAGAGAUCAACGGCGUCACGGGCCUGUGCCCCACCAACUACAUCAAAGUGACCACGUCCGAUACCGAUCCCAGCCAGCAGUGGUGCGCCGACCUGACCAGCCUCGACUCCAUGAGCCCUCAGGAGAAGAAGAGGCAGGGCUAUAUCCACGAGCUCAUCGAGACGGAGGAAAGAUACUUGGAGGAUCUUCAGCUGGUCCUGGAGGUGUUUCAGAAGCCGAUGACCGAGUCGGGACGGCUCACGGAAGCCGAGAUGAACAUGAUUUUUGUCAACUGGAAGGAGCUCAUCAUGUCCAACACCAAGCUGCUCAAGGCUUUCCGUGUGAGGAAGAAGAUGGGAGGAGAAAAGAUGCCCGUGCAGAUGAUCGGGGACAUCCUAGCCGCCGAGCUCUCUCAAAUGCAGGCCUACAUCCGCUUCUGCAGCUGCCAGCUGAACGCCGCCACCUUGCUGCAACAGAAGACCGACCAAGAGCCGGAGUUUAAAGUGUUUAUGAAGAAAAUCGCUACAGAUUAUCGGUGUAAAGGAAUGCCCCUGUCAAGUUUCCUACUGAAGCCUAUGCAAAGAAUCACUCGAUACCCUCUCCACAUCAAAAAUAUCCUGGAAAGCACCCCUGACAGUCACGUGGAUCACGCUCAGCUGCGCCAGGCUCUGGAGAAGGCGGAGGAGCUCUGCUCUCAGGUGAACGAGGGCGUGCGAGAAAAGGAGAACUCGGACAGGCUCGAGUGGAUCCAGAGCCACGUGCAGUGUGAAGGCAUCACGGAGAACCUGAUUUUCAACUCCUUGACCAACUGUCUGGGACCUCGAAAGCUCCUCCACAGUGGGAAACUGUUUAAGACCAAGAGCAAUAAGGAGCUGUACGCUUUACUCUUCAACGACUUCCUGCUCUUCACUCAGGCCGUCAAGCAGUUCACUUCCUCGGGCUCGGACAAGCUCUUCAGCCCCAAGUCCACCACGCAGUACAAGAUGUACAAAUCGCCUGUGUUCCUGAACGAAGCCCUGGUAAAGCUGCAGUCCGAUCCGUCCAGCGACGAGCCCGUGUUCCACAUCUCUCACAUCAACCGGGUCUACACCCUCAAGACGGACAACAUUAACGAGAGGACGGCUUGGGUACAGAAGAUCAAAGCUGCUUCAGAGGAGUUCAUGGAGACCGAGAAGAACAAACGAGAGAAAGCGUAUCAAUCUCGCUCGAUGAAAGCCAGUGGAAUUGGUCGUCUGCUCGUCACUGUCCAGGAAGCCACCGAGCUCAAAUCCUCCAAACCGGGAGGAAAGUGCAGUUCAUACUGUGAAGUGACCAUGGGGGCGCAGUGCUACACGUCUCGGUCGCUGAACGACACGCUCAACCCCAAGUGGAACUUCAACUGUCAGUUUCACAUCAGGGACGUGUAUCAGGACGUCUUAUGCAUCACUAUUUACGAACGCGGGCAGUUCGCUCCUGAUGACUUUCUAGGUCGAACGGAGGUUCCCGUGGCCACCAUCAAGAAGGAUCUGGAAAACAAAGGGGCGGCAUCCAAGCGUCUGCUCCUUCACGAAGUGCCAACCGGAGAGGUCUGGGUGCGGCUGGACCUGCAGCUGUUCGACGGCAAAAGCCCUAGAUAAGGAUGUGGGCACAUUAAACAGCUUCCCGAACAGCACACCACACCUCGCCUUAAAGCCUCUCAGCUGCUGCGGAACUCGCUACUGAAUGUGUGACUUUUGAAUUUCGAGACGCGCGUGUUUGGCACAGGUUCGAUUCCCCGGCGGGCUAAGAAGGAAGGAAGGAAGGAAGGAAGGGCAGAAAACGGGCAGCUUCGCCUCUAUAGUUUACCACUGGAUGAAGAGACGUCUCAGGAUUUUUUUUGAUUUUUAAUACUGUCUAUUUUGCUGUACUAGAGGCUAUUUUGUCUUAACGUAAACGUAGUCCGAUCAGGAUUGGCGUUUGAUCUUGAUUUGAUCUCUUGAAGGGAACACUACAGUCUUAAUAAAACCUGUAUUACAUUAUACUGUAAAUCCGUCGAUGCACGAACAGUGACGGCACGUUUGAUUUCACCAUGGUACAAAUGAAGUCAUUACCCAGACGUAAUUCAGCGACGGUUUAACCGCUGUCGGUUCGUUCACCUUGUAUUUAUUUUUAAUUUAUGCGUCUGUGACUAUCCACACUUGAUUUGAGAAGCUUUGAACCCUGUGGAUACGCACCAUAUGGCCAAAAGUGUACAGACACUCCUUUUACUGUUAAAACCACCUCCUUGUUUCUACACACAUUGUCCAUUUUAUCAGCUUUACUUUGUAGUUCUACAAUAACUGACUGUAGUCCAUCUGUUUCUCUGCAUG